GCUCAUCUUGUGGCUCUGCACCUCCUCCAUCUGGGAUCAGCCCUGCUCACAGUGGUGGCACCAAACCAUCAUGUCACUGCCACCGUGGGACAGGACAUUGUGCUGCACUGCCAGUUGUCCCCCAGCAAGGAUGCUUGGAGCUCAGACAUCAGAUGGUUCCAGCACGGGUCUGCUGGGUUUGUGCACCACUACCGAAAUGGAGAGGACCUGGAGCAGAUGGAGGAAUAUAAAGGGAGGACAGAACUGCUCAGGGAUGGCCUGUCUGAUGGAAACCUGGGUCUGCUCAUCACUGCAGUGAGCUCCGUCGAUAGAGGGUCCUACAUCUGUGCUGUGGAAGAUAGUGAUGGCUAUGCAGAUGCUGUGGUGGAGCUGGAGGUGUCAGAUCCCUUUUCCCAAAUCGUCCAUCCCUGGAAGGUGGCUCUGGCUGUGGUCGUCACACUUCUGGUUGGGUCAAUUGUCAUCAUUGCUUUUCUCCUGAGAAAGAACCGGAGGCAGAGAUCCUUCAUUGUUUAUCUCCUGAUAAAGAAAGCGGCACAGAGCAGAGAGCACAGAGCAGAGAGUGAGUCCUCCCAGCCCCUUAACUACCACUCCAAUAAUCUUGAAUAUUGUGCAGAGAUUGUAUGGAGGGACCCAGACCCUGAUGAAAACCACUCUAUUGUGGAUUGGCUAAUGGCUGCCUGCCGCAUGGUCUGGCCUAACAAGACUGAUAUGCCGGCAGACGUUCAAUUUGCGAAAAUUGACCGUCAGCCCAACCACGUUCUCCUUCGGCUGUGGAAACAACUGAAGGAUGAAGAAAAGUUCCAAAACUACCCUAGAAAACUGAGGGAAAAAGAGGCCGCCUCAAGUGUCUCGGGCCACGAUCCCUGA